CUGCCGAGUACUUAACAAAGCUCUACGAGCUGGCCACUAUAUAACCACAGCGGACUCAGCCCCGGUCUGCUCAUUAACAUCGCUAAUCCAUGAUUAGUCGCCCUUGUGACGUCCUUGUAGUCAUCCCGAAAUCUCCUGGUCUCAUCUUGUCGCGAUGCUUUUGUUCCCAGCUACACCCGCCAGGAUCAUCGUCGGAGCUCCGAAGCCAUAUCAACUUCUCUAUGCUCGCAAAGGGACUAUUUGCGGGACCCCCCGCGGUCUCCAACUCUCUGCGAGCCGGUUCAAUUCCUUAACGCCCGGUGACAACCUGAAGGAUUCCUUUCCCCCACCGUCUGCACCUCAUAUUAAAGACGUGAACACAUCAUGGGUCCAUCCGGUAUACACCACUGAACAGAUGCGUGCGGUCGCUGUCGGCCAUCGUGAUGCAAAGAACUGGUCUGACCGCAUGGCCCUAGGCACUGUGAAGGUGCUGCGCUGGGGAAUGGACAGCGUGUCUGGCUACCGACACCCUAAGCCGGGCCAGGAGCAUGAAGCCAAGUUUCAGAUGACAGAGAAGAAUUGGCUGACGCGGUUCAUCUUCCUCGAAAGCGUCGCGGGCGUCCCAGGAAUGGUGGGUGGGAUGCUUCGGCAUCUGAGGAGUCUGAGGGGGCUGAAGAGGGACAAUGGCUGGAUUGAAACUCUUCUAGAAGAAGCCUACAACGAGCGCAUGCACUUGCUUACGUUUUUGAAAUUGGCCAAGCCAGGGUUCUUCAUGCGACUUCUCGUUCUCGGUGCGCAGGGAGUCUUCUUCAAUGGCUUUUUCCUGUGUUAUCUCAUCUCGCCGAGCACCUGUCAUCGAUUCGUUGGGUACCUAGAAGAAGAGGCUGUUCUCACCUACACCCGUGCGAUCCACGACCUUGAGACAGGCAAGCUACCUGAGUGGGAGAAGUUGGAUGCUCCUGAGAUUGCCGUACAGUAUUGGAAGAUGCCAGAAGGAAAAAGAACGAUGAAAGAUCUCUUGCUAUACGUUCGAGCGGAUGAGGCGAAACAUAGGGAGGUCAAUCAUACUUUCGGAAACCUCAUCCAGGCAUCAGACCCGAACCCGUAUAAGUCUCAGUACAAAGAUCCGAUGAAGCCUCGUCCGAAGCAGGAUCUUACUACUGUGAAGACGACAGGAUGGGAAAGGGACGAGGUGAUUUAGGCUUAGAAAUCUUAUGUGGAUUAUAUCAGCUGCUUCAUAAAUCCUUCAUCAUAUUUUCUCAACAGCAAGACCCGUAAUGUAUUGAAGUCAGUUGCUGGGGCAUAUGUUUAGAAAAUGACUUUCCCUGACUUUUGUUCCACGUGAACAUGCUUUCUUGCGAGGUAAACUGUUGAAUCCAUUAAGGUUUGCACCCCUUUCGUAGCUUUAUCAGUCAGCGUGGUCCGUUGUAGUUCAUUGCCCUAUUUUGUCCCGGC